AUGCUGGCCCCCGCGCCAGGGGUUGCGAGGAUACCAUCAAUGCACCCGCAGGAUUACAAUGAAGCCGCAGAAGUGGAGCAGCAGCCUCUCUUGAUGAACAAUCCCGGCGUAGCAGGCAAGAGCGUCCCCAUAGAGAUUCGGCAGGGGUUCGUGAGAAAGGUGUACAGCAUUCUGACAUGUCAGUUGUUGAUGACUUCCAUCAUUUCUAUUGGAAUGCAGUCGAUGGACACAGUUUGGGUGAAGAGCCACAUGUACAUUAUGUAUUUAGCCAUCGUCAUGGCAUUCGCCACCGUGUGCCUGAUGGGGUGCUGCGGUGUGACUGCAAAAAGGUGCCCGGUCAACUACAUAUUGUUGUUUGCGUUUACGGCUUUCGAGGGAAUAUUGAUUGGUUUCGUGAGCGCGGCGUUCACAUGGCAAAGCGUAGGAUUGGCCACUGGAAUUACUUUCGUUGUGUUCGUGGCAAUGUCGUUCUACGCAUUUCAUACGGACCAUGAUUUCACUGGUCUUGGGCCGUAUGUGUACGCAUUGAGUUUCUGCAUUGUUGCUGUUGGCAUGUUGAUCGGCGUUCUGACUAUCGCGUUGGUCGAAUUCUCCUACCUGACUCUGCUGUACGACUGCGUGGGUGUUGUUUUGUUCACUUUCUUCCGGUGGCGGAUCUUCGACACGCAGCUGAUACUUGGCGAGUGGGGCGGGCACAGGAACCAGUUCAGUGUGGACGAGUACGCGUACGCGGCGCUCACGUUGUACCUCGACAUUCUCAAUUUCUCGUUGUUCUUCGUGCAGCUCCUCGGGGAACGCCGCAAGUAA